AUGGAUGUGCAGCUUUACGUAUACGACCUCUCACAGGGUCUUGCACGUAGCAUGUCACGACAGUUUCUUGGAAUCCAGAUAGACGCCGUUUACCACACCUCGAUCGUUCUCGAAGGCAUCGAAUAUUACUAUGGUGGAGGCAUACAGACAUGUCGAGCUGGCACUACACAUCACGGCCGACCUAUGGAAAUAGUCAAACUGGGGCAGACGUCCUUGCCGCUUGAGGUCAUACUGGAGUACUUGGAAUCACUGAAGACGAUAUACACAACGGAGUCCUACGAUCUGUUUCUGCACAAUUGCAACAACUUCUCGAACGACUUCGCGAUGUUCCUCGUUGGCAAGGGCAUACCCGCACACAUCACCAGUCUGCCGCAAGACGUCCUCAACACACCGUUUGGCCAGAUGCUCAGGCCUCAGCUCGAUUCCAUGAUGCGACCCAUCACACAAGCACCCACACCGCAGCCCGUACAGCCUGUUGCCCGGGCACGAGCGCCCGCCGCUUCAAAUACGACCAAUGGCGCAGUAAGCAAUGGCAACGCUCUUGCAGAAUACACAGGACGAGUCAACAACGUCACUGCGAUCAAGGAGGUUGAUCGGCUGCUGGAGCUGGGCAAGGAUCGUUGUGUCAUCAUUUUCUUCACCAGCGCAACAUGUGGUCCCUGCAAGCUUGUGUACCAACCCUACGAUGAUCUUGCUGUGGAGGCGGGCUCGAAGAGUGUCUUCAUCAAGAUCGAUUUCACACGCGCAGACGCCUCCAUUAACACGCGCUUUCCGAAUGUCAGAGCAACGCCGACGUUCAUCACUUACAGCAAAGGAGCCAAGCGAGAGGAGUGGAGCGGAGCCGACCCCCGACAGCUGCGCAGUAACGUCGAGUCAUUGCUGAACGCGACCUUCCCGCCACACCCGCAUCUUUCGCAAAGCACACCGCAUCUGUUGCGUCAAAGUCAGCAACCGAUCACAUUCACGAAAGUACCUCCACUCGACAAGGUGGUUGCAAAGAUGGGCGAUGCUGGCAAAGAUCCCGUAGUAUCAUCGAUCGUCUCCUUCAUCAACGCUCGCGAGAAGUCUGGAGCGAUGGAGGCACCCUUGACGCAAUUGCCGCAGUUCGCCGGGUUUCUAAGGAAGAGCACAACUCGGCUUCCCCCAGAACUUCUUUUCACAGCAUAUGACUUACUUAGAGUCGCACUCAUAGACGUCCGUGUCGCUGGGUUCUUCGCUGAAGAGCACAAAGGUGCCACUGGUAUACCAGCAACCGUCCACCACCUGCUCAGUCACGUCGAAGGGUUGAGCGAAUCGGCACCAUACCCACUGCGUCUCACAACUUUGCACCUUGCAUGCAAUCUCUUCAACUCUCCGCUCUUCGUCCCCCACCUAUCCUCACCGCCGCUAUCUUCGACUCUCAUCUCCAUCCUUACAACCUCACUCCUGGACGACAAAUACCCAGCGCUCAAGGCCUCAGCACUCAGUCUAGCAAUGAAUCUUGCGUCUUCGAACCACCAGAUCCGUAUGAAGAAGUACGGCGGCUACGUCGCACACACGCUCCCAUCUGCGUCUGAGCUCCAGGACUCUGAACAGACUGAACUGCUUGCAUCGCUGCUGGAGACACUGGGGAUUGAAGAAGAGUGGAGUGAGAAGAAGAAGAUAGCGCUCAUUACCACGGGCUGGCUGGCCUAUGGCGCGGAUAUGGACGGGGAAUUGAGAGAUCUAUGGCGCGUUAUGGACGCUGCUGGGACGGUUGGCAAGAUUCAGGCAAAGGUUGCUGAAGACAGGCUGCUGGUGAAGGAAGUGCAGAAGCUUUUGGAUGCAUAG